AUGAUGGGAAGAAUUUAUUUUGUCUAGUAAAUUACUUUAUUGGAUAAAUUUUUCUUGGAUGCUUUAGGAGGCCUAAAAUUGGUUUUAGUUGCGAAAUUAUCGAUUAAAAGUUAACUUAAAUCCACCUAAAAUCUUAAAUGGCUUGAAUUUUUCUACGUCUCUUUGUAAUAUGUGGAUUAAUAAAGGAAAUUGUUAUGA